GAAGCACCAUGCGUUUCGUCCCGUGUUACCUAUUGGACUCGGCAGUAAGGCUUAGGUAUACAGUACAUAGAUUGGAAGUUAGAUUUGAAUCGAAACGCUGUAGAUUUCAGUGGCUGCGGAGUCACUUGUCACCAUCUUGUCACACAGUACUUGUCUUUAUCUAUGUGUGGAGGUGCGGAGUUGCGGGUCGGAGCUGCUACUUGAGAAGUGACGGAUAGAGCCCGCCACAGUAUUCUACUACUGUCAGACGUCGAGUAAAUUCCGAAAUCCGGCUUGCCGUUGCCCGAAGGAAAAAUUAGGUUAAAACAGAACCAAACAGUCGAACUAAAAAACUUCGUUAUUAAGAUUAUAUUAUUGAUUUAAUUUUUUUAUAUUAUAUGCAUAAAGAUUCAUUGUUGUCUCAGGAUAAUGGCUAACAGCGACACAUUGCCUGUUUGGCAAAAAUUGUACCAAAUAGUAUCUGGAAGCAAUCAAAAUAUAAUUCCUGAAGUUGUUGACAAAGUUCUAGAAAUAUGCCGAGAGAACAUAAGUACUGUUUUACUAAGUUUCAAAGUGUACACCAAAGCAAGCUUCGAGGAAUGGAAAAAGGUUUCAGAAUUGAUGUCGAUAUCCCAAGAUGAUGAACUCUGUGGAUUUAUUCAUCACAUGAGCAAAGAACUUGAUUUGGAUGUAAAUCUAGCGUGGUCUAUCAUUUGCAACUUUUUGAUUUUUGAUUAUAAUGAAAAAGUUAGUGACCUCAAAGCAAUCGUUCGUUAUGAAUCAAACAUAAAGUCCAUAAUAGAUCAACUGUGGAAUUUUUACACUUCUGAAAGGAUGUUUCUACUAAAAUGUAUACGUUUGAUCUUUGAGAAAAUUAACGACAUAAACUUUAUAUACGCUGAUCAAUUCAAUGAAUUUUUGGAACACAUAGAUUUAAAGGAGCUGUGGAGUAAUUUAUUGAAAACUUUGGAAUACCUCAUAACUGAAAUAAGUGUGGAUAAAACCAGUCAGGUUUCCGAAGACACGUUGGAAAAAUGGGUUCAGAGGAAUAACAGGGAGCAGGUGGAAGUUAUACUUCUGAUCGUCCUAGUUUCUGAUCUAAAAUUAAUGGACGGCGAUGAAUUGACCGAUGUUAUGAAACUAUUUAUGAGACAUGGAUUUGGAAGGCAUCCACUGUUUUUUGGAGCAGGGUAUUUAUCGAGGAGUAAAGACGUAGAUGACAUAAAAAACGCUGAAAUAGGUGUUGUUUUAUCUCUAAUCCAUAGAUAUUGGCAAAAUCAUGGUAUUUUCAAAAUGUUACCUAAAGAAGUUGAAACUGAUUUGGAAAGAUACCAAGUUCAAGGAGACAAUAGCUCCAUUUUAUUCAUCUGGGCCGUAUAUAAGUCAACUUUAUCAUCUGGCUAUUUAGAUUACGGCAAAACUGUUUUAGAACUGCUUUUAGACAAAAAAGUAUUCAAAUCGUUAGCUGAUUGCAUUACAAUGAAUCUUUUCCAGAAUUGCAGAGUUGGAGAAAUAGUUUUAGAAGCCACAAAUAGAUUGUUCAUAGAAUUCUCGAAAUUGAUUAAUGACUAUAGAUUAAUCUAUGAACAAGAUGGUAUUGUCAAGCUAAUGUGUGAACUUUAUAAAUUAUCGUAUUUACGGGCACUUGAUUAUUUUGGAAAGUUUUUUGAAAUUGCUCUAGAUAUGUUUCCGUACAAAUUAGACAACUUUUUAAGUAUGGUAGAAGCUAUAAUUAUAAGUGGGGUCGACCAUAUGAAGAUUAUGAAGUUGUUACAUAAUUGCCCGACGUUUUGUACAGAAAUGCCGUGGACGUUUAAUUCGGAUGCCCUAACGUCUACAGAACAGACAAGUCUUUUUACAUUUAGUGACAAGUUUGCGGUCCCUAUUGGAACCCUCCUCGAAAAAUGCAAUUGUUUUGGAGAGGACGUUAUUAAGUUUAAAUACAAAUUUAAUUUCUUUUGUGUAGUAGAACAAUUCAUUCGAUCUCUAACUUCCUGGGCGGUUAGUAGAGGCAACUAUAACAACCAGUUUUUCAACAAUGUGAUACGCUCAUACGAAUUUUUAAUUGUGGUUAUAAAACAUUUUACGAAAUACGCUGAAACUGAAAUCAUUAUUAAGCCGCUAAUACAAAGGCUAGACUGUGUACCUACAUAUUUCAACAGAAAAGAAUUUCGAAACUAUAACUUCUUUUAUGUGUAUUUUGCUGCAAACUGUGCUUUGGUUAAGUAUCAAAAUGUUGCGUUUUCUGAGGCAUUUCCCGGAGUAAUGCGAAAACAAUUGUUUCCUCCAAUACUCAACUACAAGGAUGUUAUUGAAGCACUUAAGUUGUUACAAACCAGCGAUGAGUGUAUUUUGUAUGGCUUUUUAAAAGAGGAAGAAAGUCUUAAGAACCAUAAGUUAUUAUUGGAAUAUAUGGAGUUAAUUUUAUAUAUUUUAAAGAAAGAUAUUUUGCAUGCUGAAGUGCUAUUCAGCGGGGUGUGGUACAUACUGUAUGUCGCGUUUCCUACGCACACUCAAUGGGAUUAUGACGAUCCAGGAAAAUUUGAACAGAACACUAUUCUCAAUAGAUGCCUUCAAAUAUUUGUAUACGUGCUGCAGAAAGAACAAAAUAAAUCUGAAAAAUUUGCCCAAAAGCAACUUUAUCAAUUAGUGUUGAACGCAUUUUUGAAUGACGCUUAUAUCAUCGACCAUUUUUAUAACGUUUUUGUAAAGGAUAAAUUCUACAUUCCAAACUUGAUGCAUCAGGAAUCUAACUGGCUAGCUGGGAAAACUUUGAUCAUCUUGGACACAAUUCAGUUAGAGCUGUCUGUUUUACUACUCAUUUUUAAACAUAGAGCACAAAUCCCAGAAGUUAAAUGUGAAAUUGACAAAAGGACCCAUGUAUUUGCCAAAUCCGCCAGCUGUUACUUUAUUACGCCAUAUAAUUGUACAUUGGCAGUCUUAGCAGGAAAGUUUCUUAACAUUUUAGGAAAAGAUGAAAAUAUACCGAUGAUGUCUUGCCUUGGUGUAAAUUACGACCAAGUUCAAACCCUCUUCUUAGAACGAUUAAGAGAUCCAAUGGAAGACGAAAAAGUUAAAAUAAAUAUCCUUAAUAUAAUUAGCACGUGUAUUUUUCAUCAAACCGGAAUGACUGCGGCAUUUUUCAACAUUCAGUCAGCAAAAAAAUGGUAUAAUCCCGACAUAAAAAACAUAGAAGGAGAUGAUGUCGGCGACUUUAUGAUGGAUUAUUUAAAAAAUAUUAAGAAGUCUGUAGCAUAUCUCAAAAGUCCGCUGCAAGUAGGGAUUUUAAGGAUAAUGGCAAACCUUUGGCAGUGCCAAAAACAACAUCUCGUCAGCCAUAUAACAGCUACCAAAGAGUUCUGGAUCUUACUCACAGAUCCUCUUAUGCAAGCUUUUGAACAAGCACCAUUAGUUUAUUCAUUUCUUUUCAAAAUUAUCGCCAUUCAAUUGGCUAUAUCUUUAAAGAAACCUAAAGGGCAAGAACAUUUUUACAAAGCAACUGAGAGAUUUUUAAACGACGAAACACAACUGCAACUAUUUCAUCAAUAUGUGUUCAAGAUCUUUUCAAAUAAAAAUCUUUCGAAUCGUGCUUUAAAGGAUAGAGAGUUAUUGCUUCAUUCCUGGUCAGAAGUACUUGUUUCAGUACAAAAGCAACCACAAGUGACGUGUUUUUCAAGUUGUAAAUCCAAAUGCUUAUAUGUGAAUCUUGCCUUUGAGGUACUUCAUGUUGAACUAGUUCAUCAGAAAAUUCUUUCCGUAUGGCUAGAUUUUAUGGUGGUGGUAAUUGACAUGUUCGGUCUUCAAUUUGAUGAAGAAAUUGACAAGUUUGCAAGUCAAGCAGUUGAUUAUGCCAAAAUUCUGAAAAAGUAUUAUGAAGAGAUGUCUUUAAAAGACAAGAGAAGUGCUUUAACAAUCAUACUUAAGAUUGUUCAGCAGCUGAAAGAUUAUUAUAAUGAAAAUCCACAUUUGCUGGUAACAUUACUGGACGAAAUCGGAUCUCUAGUUGAUUUCGAGUAUUUAGUCGUGGAAGAAGAAGCUUGGAGACGAUUAAAAGCUGACGAUUCCACGGCAAAUGAGUGGCUAGGCCCAUGGGCUUUAAUAACAAGCAUUGCAAAUUCAAUUUUGACAAUGAAAAACUGUAAUAACUUCGGUGUAUGGUUUUCUAAUAGAAAAUAUUUAGAGAGAAUGGUCGAAUGUACAUGUCAACUAUUUUCGCAUAAGGGUUGUCUGUCAUUUGCAAAAGUAGCCCUUUACAGUUUAACUUUAUAUGUUCAAUCAACAUUAGCAUACGACUUUUUAAAUAUAAAUAUGGUUAAAUUUUAUGACAGAAUCGAACCUAUGGUAAAUAGUUUAUUAAUCGGACAAUCUAAGGUAAAUAUCCUGGCUCUGAAGGAAGCCUGGACCAUUUUUAACGUUCUCAUGAAUUUCAACAGAGCAUUUUUGCGAAAAUUUCAAAAGACAGCUCUGGAAACGUGUUAUGCAUUUCUUACUUUAAAUCAUAAUAUCAUGAAUCAUAUUAUGAGCAUACCAGAGAACACAGUGGAUUUUAAGGCAUUGGAUUUGCUAUCUCAGACUCUUAUGUUCUAUAACGAAAUUUUAAGAUACUGGCAAAUUGAAUGGUACAGGAAGAACAACAGAACAUAUCGCUUUAUGAUGGAUGGGAUUAGAAAGGUCAUUAAUGGAUGUAUAUAUCUCUGCUUAAGACCAAAACACAUAGGAUUUUAUUAUUUAGAUCGUUAUAUGCGAUUGAUGGCAAUAGAUCAAACCCCAUCAGUAAUAAAUGAUCUUAUGAUUUCCGUUAUAAACCGGCUAAUAGGAAUUUUAGGCCUGGCAUUAUCCUGCCUAUAUAAGCUUAACUCGAGCCUAAUACAAUUAUUUGACUAUUUUGAGCCGGAAGAAACUAUAAUUAUAUUGAUCGAUAAUGACUUUAGUGUACCAAGAUUUGAACUUCCAAUACCAUGCGAACUCACAUAUGGAAGACUGUUAUGUUUAGCCCAUUUUCUAUGUAAAACUUUAAAUCAGCUCAAUCAAAAGAAAGAAAAUAAUAUUUUAACAAUUGAUGAGACUGAAUAUUUGCAUUAUAUUGGUCUUGUCGAACAUCAAGAUCCUAGCGACUACAUGCCUGAUCAGAAACUAAGCUCAUUUUUAAGAUAUUUGUAUGAAUAUUCAGGAUUAAUUGAUCCUUGGAUAAACAAUUUGAAUUAUGCAAACACCCAGAAAUCAGCAGAUAUUUUAAUGCUGUUUAUUGGUCAACAAGCAUGUUUGACGAUAAAGGAGUUAGAUCCAUCCCAAGUGCCAUAUUAUAGGGCAAAUUUAUGUUCCGAACUUCAAUUUUUCCAAGAGUAUAUCAAGAAACGUACUUCGGAAUUAUAUGUCGAACGCAACACUUCAGCGGUACUUUACACUGGCGAAAUGGACUACAUAAAGAAGUAUUUGCUGUCUCAUUGGAAAAAAGAUGAAAAUGGUAAAAACGCUAUUCAGGAAGUGGCAGAACGAAACUUUUUGUUGAUAAUGACUUACUGGUUCUCAAAUAUUUGUAAAAUUCAAUAAAAACUUGUCUAAUUAUAGUAUGGCUUUGUACCACGUUUUUAAAAUAAAUUUAUUUUUUACACUGC